AGGAGGGGUUCGAAGCGUGAACUUAUCCAUUAAAUCCAUUAUAAAACUGGUGGGACUUUGAUUCCCUCGGAGUAGUUGAAAUUCAAUUCAAUCAACAGAGAAGAAAAAGAAGAUCCAGAAACUCGAAAACUUCCAUCCAUCUUCAAUGGCGUCAAGGAGAGGCUUAGCCUUUGGAUUCGGUUUCCAUUCCAAACCUAACUACAUCUAUCCAGCGUCAGAGCCACCCGCCGUUCGCCGUCCUGAAUCUUCUGCUGACAACCUCUUCGACUUCGAAGAGGCGGAUAUCUGGACGUCUGCCCAAACUUCGCCGAUAGAAUCGAGGAAGAUCUUCCCGAUCUCGAAGAAACUGCCGAAGAGAAGUAGCGCUGCGGCGGAGAAGACGGUGAAGGCGUCAUCGUCAUUGCCUGUCAACAUUCCGGACUGGUCGAAGAUUCUGCAGAGCGAUCAGAGCAAACACGGCCCGCGAGAAGCAGCUGAGGAGGAUUUUGACGAUAGCGACGAUGACGACGACGAUAUGUGGCGGGCGCCGCCGCAUGAGUAUUUGGCGCGACGGCGAGGCGAAUCGUUUUCGGUUCACGAAGGGAUCGGAAGGACGCUGAAGGGCAGAGAUUUGAGAAUGGUGAGAAAUGCAAUUUGGGAAAAAACUGGGUUCGAAGAUUAAUUCAAAUUUAAUUUUUAGUUAGCGUCCGUAUAAUUAAUAAUAUAAUCAGUACCGGAAAUUAUACUCAAAAUAAUUAUUAGAGAAUUUUGAUGGAGUAAAUUAAUGUAAUUUUUCCAUAAUUUAUUUCAUUUUCUUUUUGGUUAUUUGUGAUUAUCUGUAUUGGAAACCGUGAAUUUUUUGUGAUUCCAAA